GGCGUCAAGAAGAACGUUUAUCAUUAACGACAGAACAGAAGACAAUCGAUCUCUAAAAAAUGGCAGAUCAGAAGCUCUCCCAGGUUCGUAAUGAAUUUGUGGCCAGAGUGUCCAAGCCAGUGAUCAGUCAGCUGCUGGAUGACCUUCUGGAGGACAAGGUGCUGAAUGAAGAAGAGAAAGACUCAGUAAAGGAGGAAAACAAUGCUAGGGCAGAGCAGGCACGAUGUCUCAUUGAUAUGGUCCGGAAGAAAGGGCCCCAGGCAAGCAAGAAGAUGAUUGGCCGAGUUCAGGAGAGAGACUCUGUGCUUUAUGAAAGUUUGGGUCUAGAAUAAUUAUACUGAAAUGGACGAUGGCUUCAAUGCUGGAACAGAUAAAACCAGUAAAUUCAUUGUGUAUUGCCAAUCACAAUGUUUGUGUGUGAAAUAAAAAACGAAAAUCAAAUUUAGUAAUAUUUGUAGGUGCACACAUCUUAGAAAAUAAAGAUAAUACUGAUAUAUAUUUUCAUAUCUGACCAAAAUAUUUUGCUGUAUGAACUCUCAUAGAAUAAAUGGUCCCAUGUCUCAUUUUCCAAUUCACAGAAACCUCAUUCACUUUGUACACUAACUACAUACUCAGAGAGGAGAUUAUUAUAGGGAUAACAUCUGUGAAGAAUCUUGUAAGACACCUCUCUCCCUUUAUUAGUGAUUAAGAAUGUGUAGAUUAAUCCAUGCGUGCUGCCUUUUCACAUCAAAUACAGAUGCCCAUUGUAAAGUUACUGUUGGGUGAACUUCUUGUGAAUAACAAACCUGUUGUUGCCAUCAUCACCAGUCUGUCUCUUCCCGUUAGUAUUAAGGAGGCAGAAAAAGAUAUGCAUGCAAAUGUAAUCCUCACCCCUAUAAAAAUAAUUUGCAAAAUAUGCACGUUUUAAUAAAGUGGCAAUUCACCG